UGUCGCGCUCUCAGUGUGUCUCCGCGCUUCCUUACGUGUGUGUCGUUCCGUGCAAAUCGGCGUGCCGCUGCCUCCCCCCUGCGCAAAGCUGUGAGCCGUCCGCCGCGUCGCAAGUUGAGAGAGUUUUAAGUGCUACGCGUGUUUUUCGGGACUCUGGCACUCCGCAACCGACGCUCCGGAAUCAUCAUGGCAGAGAGCAAGGGCGCGUUAAUCGCGAAGACAGUGCAAAAACACGCGGGCAGAGCGAAAGAAAAGUUCCUUCAGAAUCUAGGCAAGGUCGACCGAACCGCGGACGAUAUAUUCGACGAGCACCUGCAGAACUUCACGAGGCAGCAGAACUCCGCCACCAGACUGCAAAAGGAGUUCAACAAUUACAUCAGGUGUGUUCGAGCGGUACAAGCUGCCUCGAAGACGCUUAUGGACUCGUUGAACGAAAUCUACGAGAGCCAGUGGACUGGACACGAUCUGUUGUACGUGCAGGCACAAAAUCUUGACAUGCUAUGGCAAGAUUUCACUCACAAGCUCGCGGACCAAGUUCUUGUACCACUCAACACAUAUCAAAGCCAAUUCCCGGAGAUGAGGAAAAAGGUCGACAAGCGCGGUCGUAAGCUGGUGGAUUAUGAUAGUCAGAGACAUAACUUCCAAUCGCUGCAGUGUAAUCCAAAGAAGAGGGACGAGCUCAAAGUGUCCCGAGGGAAGGAGCUGCUGGAGGAGGCAAAACGUACAUACGAACAACUAAAUUCCGAGCUGCACGAUGAACUGCCGGCGUUAUACGACUCGCGCGUUCUUUUCCUCGUCACCAAUCUGCAGACGCUCUUCGCUGCGGAGCAAGUGUUUCACACUGAAAGUGCCAAGGUAUAUUCCGAAUUAGAAGCGAUCGUCGAUAAAUUGGCCAACGAAAGUCAGCGAGGAUCUUACACGCUGAAGAAGAACACGGAACCGCAGUCGCCGAAGUCGCCUAACGCAAACUCGUCUCUAAUAAUCAACACGCAACCGGCGCAGAAUAAUAUCACAGGAGCUUUGGAGGAUAAUACCACGCCGAGAGACACGUCGCCGACCACCCAGAUAAACGGCAACGCUAACAGCAACGCUAACAGCAAUGCUAACAGCAAUGCUAACAGCAACGCUAAUAGCAAUGAUAAUUCUCUCAAUAAUCAAGAUGCGUCGCCGCAGAACGCAGUCGCGCCUUCUAAACGGGUCGAGGAGCUGUACGAUAUUCCAGUUGGCAGAUCCAUGACUAACGGGGCGGACUCGGUCGUUCUAGAGGCGGAAUAUGAAAAUGCUACCAAUUUCUCUGUAGGGGCGACGACCGACAAUCUGCCGCCGGGGGUUUUGUACAGGGUUAAGGCGACUUACAAGUACAGCCGCGAGGACGUGGACGAGCUGUCGUUCGACGUCGGCGAGAUCAUUCGCGUUGUCGAGUACGACGAUCCCGAGGAGCAGGAGGAGGGCUGGUUGAUGGGUAUGAAGGAGGGCACCAACGAGAAGGGCAUGUUCCCGGCGAAUUUCACGAAACCGCUGUGAGAGCUGUGCUCGGUUCGCCAUUUACACUCCAAUGCUCACCAGAGACAGCGUAUUUUACUUUAAGGUAGUUCAAGAGUCGCGUGAUUGAACAGGAGAUAAGAGCCCACGCGGUCAUCUGAGAGUUUUCGACGACGUAUAUGAGAUAAAGGUAAAUUCAAAUAGCCAGACGCCAGGCUGCAGGAGGGGUGUGGGAAGAAGGGGG